GGAAUUCAAUCCGUGGGCAACGUGUAAUCUCUUUAAAAAGAUCUCUUGACUAGUUUCCUGUGUUCUGUUAGACAUUUCCGGGGAGUACAGCAAGGUGGCUUAUCACAUCGGCAAAUAGUAAACUAUUUCCUCACAGGGAAAAAUCACGCCAAACUUUCAAGGAACAAACAAUUUAAAGGCUAUUCAAAACCACAAGUUUGUGCAUUUGAGGACGAAGUCCUAAUACCACGAUAUUGAGCACUACAAGGUUUAACUACUGAUUGAAAACGUUUACCGCCGAUCACUGACCCGUGACACACUCACUGAACCUUUUCGUUCGAUAUCUUCGGCAUUUUUUAAUGCGGUCAUUUCUUGUCGCAUCUUGCUGAGGUUUAUCAAAGAAAAUCAAAUCAAAGGUGAGUUUUGAAAACAGCGUUUCUUUCAACAUAGCUUGCAACUACUUUAAGCUGCUUUUUCGCCAAAAAAUAUUUAUAUUACACAUUUCCCAACGAAUUGAUCGGCUAGAAUAGCUUAAUUGGAUUUUAAUCUUCGUCGCACGUAAAGUUUACAGAAGUUUAUAAUAAUAAAUGGAAUUCGUAUGUUAUAUGCUAGGGGUAAAUGAAUGUUCGUAAUUAAGUUGAUCACUCUUUAAAAGGUUGCAACACCGCGAAAAAAAAUUCUUUUCAUUUAAAUAAAAAGUCCGACGGAAGUUCAAACUUCAGGAUACAAUUUUAAAAGAAAUCACUACGAAACAAGUAAACAGCACCGGAAUAAACUGCUCAACUGUUUCUAGCCCAUGCAAUAAAGUCCAGGUCUAAGUUUUAACCAUUUUUUUUUUAUAGACUGAUGGGUCAUUCAUAAUUCUCAUAAAAUGCCUCAAUUUUAUCACCACUGCCACCUGAUAAAACGGAAAAUAAGUUAAGUGUUAUUAUAAAACUGCAAUAGUAAUUCUUCCUAGAGUGUUCAUUCAGUAGUCACUCGCGUAUCAAGGACACUGAAAAAAAAGACACUAUUUUAAAAAAAGUACACAAAUGUUAUGCAAGAAAUGACAGAUCAUUACAUAAUGAAUUUAUUCGCCCAACUGUUCCUUUGAAAUGUGAGAAAACGGUCUAAAAGAAACUGUUUCCUUUCGGUACAGAAAUAAAGUUUACGCUUUGAUUGAGAUUGACUGCCGAAGGCAAAAGAACGUUGAUAUCUUGUGGUUACACCGCAGGAGCACAGGGGGUCUAAUGCUCGACACAAUACAUUCAGUGUUUUUGUUUUUAUUAUUAUGAAGGAAUAUCUAUAUCAAUGCUAAUUUUGGAAAACAGAGUUGAAAGAACUUAUAAUUAUCGUCACGAAACACUGUUUUGUCUAGCUUAGGCUUCUAGGCGAGAGCCCCGUAAAAGCUAGCUUUUAAUUAAUUUCGAGCGCAAACAACUAUUACCAGUAAUUACUAAAUCCUUCAGUAAAACAAGUCCACUUUAAGAAGCAUCCAACUGGAAAAUGACGAAAAUGAAAAUCUUGAUUAACAAUUCUUUGGGUAAAAAUGGAUUUUUAAGGUACCUCAUAAGUUGAGCUUAGAACAUAGCUAUUUUAAUCUCUGAUGAAAUCUGUCGAGUCAGGAAAGAAUUAGGGAGUUCAUAUUUUCUCAGAUAACAUUUUUUCGACGCGUCGUAGUGAGUAAUUAUAAAAAAGCAUUUAUUCUAAAAGCUUGAUGAGUGAACAAAGGAAAGGAAGGCAAACAAUGCGAAACAAAUGAAAUACCGCGCCAAACGCGUUUCAGAUAUGUCAAAUCACAACAUUCAGAGGCUAGACACUUUUGAAGUUAAGAAAAAGAAUUAAUAUGACAUUAAUUGCGGCAUUCGUAAAACAAACUUUUAGGCCAUGACCUGAAAAACACUAGGGCUAUUUAAUUACUUCCACAGGAGACAAGCAAUAAGGGUUAAUAAUAGGCCUAUCAAUUGACUGUCAUUGCGAGCAAUCACAGAAACAAUACAACUUGACGUGUAUACAUAACUGUUUCCUUACAGGGUUGAUCCGCUGGGCCCCCGAUGCAUUGUUGGUGCGCGAAAGGUGGUAAUUUCCUUUGUAUGUAAACCUGGUCGGCUUUCAUAAGCAACUGGCCGCGACGCGACACAGACGUGUGUAUCCCACACCUCGCAAAGAAUAGCACAGCUAUCAGUAACCAAAACAACAAAGCAGGGCUGCUUUGAACAAGGACAUUGAUCACGAUGUUGAAGUUUGCCGUGAAGCGCAAACCAGUGGAAUUGUUUCACGAAGCGGUCCACAGCAAGGACGUGUUGCGGGUGACAUUUCUGCUCGAGCAGAACGAAUCGCAAUUCCACGUUGACGACAUCGACGAGGACGGCAUUACCGCGCUGCAACGGAGCUGCUUUACAGGGCCUCUAAAGCUUGUGCAGUUGCUGGUAACGUAUGGUGCGGACAUAAACAUUCAGGAUAAGGAGGGCUGGAGCGUCAUGCACGCCGCUACUGUGGCGCAGAAUCACUCGAUUAUGCGUUAUCUCAUUGCAAUGGGAACCCAGUUGGGAUUAGAAAACGAUCAAGGGGAACAAGCCAUCGAUCUGGCGCGCGAUCUACAAUCGGUUGUAAUACUCGCCGAAGCUAUGCGGCGCGCUGGAUUAGCCAAAGACGUGGAGGAGUUUUUAAAAAUUCGACCAGACGUACGGGAAGCUUUGGAGGAAAAGCUUCAACAAAGCGAUGCUAUGAGAAUGGAGCAAGAACGAAAGAGAGCAGCGAGCGAAAUUGUACCUUCGAAAAAGCCGUUGAGUGCUGAAACGCAAAUAAGGCGCAGUUCCUUAGACGCACUUGGUGAGUCAAGACAUCCAAACGCAAACGUCAGAUAUGAUGAUAAAGAUCUGGAGAGGUUAAUGGAUAUCCGACGACCUAUGAGUGUUGUAUUACCCACUAGUAAUAUUCUCGAACUCUCCAGAAAUCAGGUUGAUUUGGACGGAGGAAGUUAUCCUUGUUCAUUUUGUCCGAAAUGCGGGAAACGUCGACAAGAAAUCGCGAAAAGGCGUUCGACAGCAUCCCUGUGUUCAAACUCGUCCGAUUCGUCUACUUCUUCCGACUCGGCCUACAGCUCGGGAUCAACAAAUUCCGCGGGCAUUUCGGAGGGAUAUGAGCGCGGGGGAAAUGUUGGAACACUGACCACAACAGCCAAGCAAAACAACAACUCGAGUGGGGACAACAACGCUUAUGAUCGAAUACGUGUAACUUCGAGAAACAUUUACCCGGAUGUCGUAAAAUAUCAUACAACCCACGAUUUGAAACAGGAUGAACGCAUUUAUACACCUAGGCAAUAUACACCGCCAGAAAUUUCAAAACAAAAUAGUUCGGGUAAAAAUCAUCAACAGCGAUUACGUGCUUCUACUGUUGGCAUUUUCCCAGUUCCCGGGAAAUUUCCCAAUUCCGCCGAGCGAGUGAUGCAGACGGAAGGCUACCAAUUUCCAUCGCGAAGAAAUUCAUCGCCCAUUUCAAGGAAAAUUGACGAAAUUACUAACAUAAACGAACUGAAUAGCAGGGGCAUCUCGCUUCUUCACGAAGCAGCGGCGAGAGGCGAUUCGGAAGGAGUGAAACUGUUACUUUUACACGGUGCUGAGGUAAACAGGCAAUCGUUAAAUGGGAGCAGUCCACUUCAUGAGGCUGUGCACCAAGGAAAUCCGGUCACAGCAUCGAUAUUGAUAGAGCAUGGCGCAGAUUUAUUUACAGAGACUGACAAUGGUUUGCUACCGAUUGAUAUGGCUCGAAAUAUUGAAAUGAAACGUUUCAUUGAAAACGCCAUGACUUUGAAGUAACUUAAUCAUUUUGAUACUGCCACUAUAGAUUUGUAUUUUUAUACGGAGUGAAUUAAUUAUUUAAAGCGACAUCUAUAUAAAUGUGUCUUCAGAAAUAAUAGUCUAUAUAAUUCAAGAUGUUGUGUUCGAUUGACUGACGAAAUUGAACAACUGAAAGCAAUAAAAAGCAAUUACUGUUAAGUGAUUCGUCAGACAUUUUUUGUAAAGGAAACCCACGGGAACGGGUUCGCGCAAUUAAUUUUCUUUCCGCAACCUGCCACCGGCUUUCACAAACGCGCUUUCGUGAAAUGUUUACAUAAAUCAGUCGGCGGAAAAACUUGGUAUAACAAGUAAUAAAAUUCAAAUCAGACCUUUUUUUAAUAUCGCGAGCUACAUUUGCUAUUUGUCAAGAUGGCGGAAAAGAAUUGCCGCGAAUCUCCCGCGGCUAAAAGCUAAAUUAGAUACAUGCUUGUGAAGUGAAGGAAAUUGCAUUUCCAGACAUGUUUUUGCAGUGUUUAUGUUUGAAUCACCAAGUUCAAUAUUUAGCGAGUGAUAUCGAAAUCUCUUCCUUUCAUUCGUUUGUCGCGCACUUGCUUUCAAGUUCUUUUGUUCCGCGAAUUAGGAAGCGGCGAUUCACUUUUAUUGCUUGUUCAAACUACAGUGGGAGCGGAAGGAAUAGGUUUUCUCGUUAAAGGGACCUAAAUAAACAACAUAAAUGCAGUUUUAUGCCGG